AUGGCUUCAUUCAAAAUAAAAGAAUGCCAUUGGGAAGUCCUAAUGGCAUAUAUGGAAGAGCACAAAGACUUUGCGAACGGGCGGUUCUUAGGACUCCAGGGGCGGGAAACGCAAAGAAAAAUGUGGUCGACAAUUGCAAACCGGCUGAAUGCACUUGGAUAUGGCGAGAGAUCGGCUGAAAAAUGGCAAAAAACUUGGGCGGAUUUCAAACACAAUUUGAAAAAAAAGGGACAGAUGAUUAAUUCAGACUUGCACGGAACAGGAGGGGGUGGACAUUCCUCUGCACCGUUUAAUAGUUUUGAAUUACGAGCCUUGAACAUUUUUGGUGGCAAAACAUUUUAUGCUGGAGCAGGGAGUACCGAACUUGGUAUUUUAUCACCAAGUAUAUCGCAACCAAAAGCAAACACAACACCAGAGUCACUGGAUGUCAUUGCACUGGAUGAUGACGAUUUGAAGUUUAAAAAGCCAAAUACUUCUGCAGAACCGCAACCUUCACCAUGGAGAAGUUUCAAUAAGACUCUUGCUACCAGAAAGCAAACAACAAGAGUCACAACUGACUAUCAUGACCAUGAUUAUGAGGGAACCCCUCCCACAAAAAAGAAAAAAGAUCAUUCAGAUGAAGCUUACAGAGAAACCAUUGAUAUAUUGAAAGAGAUCAAGGAAACAAUACACCAAGGACUGAGUGAAAUAAAGGAAGUACUGGAUAGCAGGCUCCAACAAAUUGCUGAAGGUGUAAAUUCCGGAAAGUAG